GAGGGGAACAUGGUGCGAAAGUGGGCCGCCGAGCUGAAAUUCCCGCUGCCGCUAUGGAGCCGGGCGUACUUCUACGGGGCGCACGGCGUGCUGAACGAGGUGGUGUUCACCGCUCUCUUCAACCUGGUCACCACGGGCGGGCUUCGCCUCUACGGCACCACGUCUCUCUGGAUGUUCAUCAGCUACGGGCUGUGCGGCACCUUCGUCACGGAGAAGAUCUUUGCCGAGCUGUACACCCGGCGCCGCAACAUCCCGGUGUACCUACGGGCUUGCUGCUACGUCCCCGCCGUCUACGCUUGGGAACUCCUAUCCGGGCUGCUGCUGCGGACAUUCAACGCCUGUCCCUGGGACUAUAGCGACUACCGCUACCACUUCCUGGGCCUGGUGACGCUGGAAUACCUUCCCCUCUGGUAUAUGCUGGGCCUGUAUCAGGAUCAUCUUUUCCGCUACCUCCUGUGCAUACAAAAGAAGCCGGGGCCGACAGUGGGCGGUGAAGCAGGUAGUACUAAAAGCAGCGCGGACAAAUCGAUAAUAGAGAGCAGCGAUGUGAAUAAACUAGCGGCCGGCGAGGAGCCCUUGCCUCCGUGGAUACGCUUCUGUUUCUACGGCAUGCACGGCUUCCUGGACGAGGUAGUCUUCACCAUGCUGUACGAUUGCGUCACCAAGGCCCCCGACGCGCGGCUGACCGGUUACACCUCCAUCUGGUCCUUUCUCAUCUACGGCAGCUGCCGCAUCAUGGUCGAGCGGCUAGGCUACGUGUACCUGUACCUCCAGUGUGGCGUUCCCACCAGAUACCGCGUGGCCCUGUACCUCGUCAUCGCGUAUACGUGGGAGUUUGUGGCCGGACUGAUCCUGCGACAAUUCGGGGCCUGCUCGUGGGACUAUAGCCACUACCGCUUCAACGUGAUGGGGCUGAUCACUCUGGAGUACGCGCCUGGCUGGCUCAUACUGGGUCUGUAUCAGGACGUCAUGGCGAGUUAUCUCUUAAGUCUGCGUGUAAGGAAGGAGAAGUGCGUUAGUAUUGACUAGUAA